AUGAAUUGUCUUACUUCCAUGCGUCUCUGUGCGAGACACCUCUCAAAGAGACCUUUCACCGGAAUCCCCAAACUGCAGGCACCCGCAUUCCCUCUUCGCCAAUUCCCGAGAAUGUCAUCCAGCGCGUUUCAGUUCGCCGAGGGCGAGGAUGCGCAGCAACUUACCUCCGAUGCCAAUGCUUUAUUACAGCAGGGCUGGGCGCAGGAUGGAGACGGGAUGGGGGUCACCAAGACGUUUCAUUUUAAGAGCUAUUUCAAGGCUGUUGCAUUUGUUAAUAUGAUUGCGGCCGAGAGUGCAUCCAAGAAACAUCAUCCCACCAUGACAGUUCGGAUUGGCUCCGUCGAUGUGCACUGGACGACCCAUCGCCCACGCGGAUUCACACAAAAGGAUGUGACGAUGGCGCAGCAUUGUGAUCGAGGUGCUGAUCUGAUGGGUGCUGUUGAUCCCGAUCAGGGAUUGAAGUGUGGUCCGACUGUCUAA